AAACGAUAGCAAACGCAUUGUCAAACCCUUAUCUCCAAGAUAAUAUUGAAAAACUGAUUACUGUUCCUGAGUCCUGGGUUCAUGUGCUAUACAAUUGCAUUUUAUUGGACUGAAAUACGCCGAGUAAAAAAUUAGUAAUGUUUCUGUUGACAUUAGCUUUGUUUCUUACUCUAUCGCGGUAGAGCUGACAAUGUCAAUUUGACAUAGAAUUGAGAAAGGAGAACUGAUGCCGUUAUGAGUCGAUGUAGAUGGAAAACAUUGUCCUAAUUUAUGUUCUGCAAAGGAAGUAGGAAAUUCUGUUUUCACACAACCAAUAAUUAAGAAUGAGGUGGGAGGCCUGUAAUUAUCAGAGACAUUAUUUUAACCUUUAUACCAAAAGAUAGGGCAAAAAAAUUGUUCUGAAUUUUCAAUAAUUGAAAGUGAAACCGUUUUCUCAGUAUAAGAACUCAAAUUAAGCAAAUCUUUUCCAAACUUUUACUGAAUCCGAUAACACGAGUCAAACCAAUUAACGUAAAUUGAUAACAGGUGUAUUAUAGUACAAGUGUCGCAUCUACUUACAAUAUUGAACGAAACAAUUGAAAGAUUUGAUGGACUUAAAGUGAAGAUAUAAUUGAACGGUUCGAGUGCUGAUAUUAAAGUGUGAUUUUAAGUGUCCAAAAUCGACAACAGAAAUCCGCAAAUAAAAUCCAAUUGAAAGGAAUGCCGCUUGUGCCAAUGAAUAUGGAUUAUAAUAUAUAACAGCGUCAUUGUAGUCAUCCGAGCAAAUUGAUUCAGUCACACAGUGAAUGUUCUAUCGAAAGAAAAUCAAACAAUGCGUGGAAGUACGGCUGGUUUGGCCGAUGGUAUGAUAGCUACACCCGAAAGUGUUCAUGCGACAUUUUUACAUUUCAUCGACAUCGUAUUCUCGUCUAUGGUAUUAGCACCGAUUGUCAUUUUAUAUUGGCGCGGAACAUGGAAUCUCACCGGAUUGUUACUAUUUUCACAUAAUCCACAACUCAGUGCCAUCAUAUCCCUGUCGGCUGGAAUUUUGGGUCAUUUAGUGUUUAAUAUAUUCCAAGAAAAGUUGAAAAAGAAUUUGCAUCCGGAUAAGCAUCGGAUAACUUAUCUGGUAUGUUCUCGAAUCUAUACGUACAUCUACGGUUUAGCGUGCGUGAAUUGCUGGCGAGGAGGAUGGAUACUCAUGGAUCAUCAUGUGCCACAUAAUUUAGCAACGAUAUUUACAAUCACAUUUGUGUCGACCAUUUUUUUAGUGUUAAUGAAGGGCAUGCGAAAUAUAUCCGCGACGCCCUUUGCUAUAUCAUCGGAUCAUUCAAAAGACUAUUUUACCGUGCCAACGAUGUACAAAGUGAGUGCCCAGGAACCUGGUCUCUACAUAUUAGACUGUGCGUUUUCAGUAUUGGUAAUCGGUACAUUGGUGGUAUUCGUUUGGCGAGGAACAUGGGUCAUAUGCGAUUUAGUUAUUUAUCCAGACGAUAUUCGGAUGACAGCAUGGGGUUCAUUGGUAAUUGGUUAUGGAGUAGUGGCUCUAACGUUCGCCAUGCAGUCACUGAUGCGAUGGGCAUGCGAUCGUUUAAAGGGAUUCUGGCGUGUAGCUGCCGCUGACAUAUUCCUCUUUCUCAGCUUUAUCGGUACGGUUAAUGUUUGGCGCGGUGUUUGGCAACUGUGUGAUCUAUACUUCCUAAAAGACUCACCAAUUUUAAGCAACUCGAUGACGCACAGUUUUGCAUUUUUACUGUUAGCGCUACUGAAUUGUUCCAAUUCCGUUUUGGUGCGUGGAGUCUAUAUCGAUGCUGAAGAGCCAGCCGGUCAAUGCGUUAUAUUUCCCAUAUAUUACAUUCGAUUAUUCUUCCAAAAGGAACGUACAAAGAAACAGAAAAGACUUAUAGACGCUUUAGAGAAACUAGAACACAAUAAAACGACGGAAGCUUUACUGCCGGACAAAGCUAACAAAACGCCGAUUAUACUUCCAAUGAACAAUAUGACGAACAUUCAUCAGCGAUCGAUGGAAUUGCAGGCAAUGUUGGGCGAUGUGGAAAGCGUUAACGAGAAAGCACAGAACGUAGAACAUUUGAUAUUAAGAUCGGCUGAAGAUUAAGUUUAAUGUGCCAUUUUUUCGAUAAGAAGCUAACAAUUUAAUUUACGUAGAACUUCGAAGUGAAACAGGCAUAUGUGACAGUUGGGAUCAACAGUCGGUCUUUUCCAUCUGUCAAAGUGACGUUUAAAACGUCAAAUCAAACUAAAUAUGUGUAAUGAUCGCGAAUUCGUAAAAUUUACUAUAGCUACAAAUAGCAACGCGAAGGAGAGCUAAUUCAAAUUAUUCUUUUGUUAAGGCCAUCAAACUUGACAGAAGAACAAAAGACAAUUUUGAAUUUUAAACGUCUACAUUGUGUCUACAUUUAGUUCUUUUACUGAAAUAGAAUUUAAAACGUCAGUUUGACAGAUGUAAAAGACAGACUUUCGAUCCUAACUGUCACAUAUAGCGAAGACAUUGUGACAUCAUUUAUACUCGUAUUUAUCUGAGGUUCUAAAGCCGGAAACACACGAGCAAUUUUUGCGUUGAUGAGGUCGACCAUUAUGCUACGUUUUCCAUCGUAAUUCGAUUUGAAGGAUGCGUUAGACAAACACAACACAACACAACGCAAAGUUACUUGUGUGUUUUCGAUAUAACAAGUCACUUCUCUCAAGGUUCUAACUUUAUGUAAAACAGGGUUGGGCUGCCCUAGUCGAGCGCUAAUCUUUUGUUUUGCAAAAUUUCGAUAAUUUCGAUAUUUUAAGUCAAAGUUUGUUAUGACGCGCAAAGACAAAGUUGUUCUGUGAAGCUGGAGUUUCGAUUAAACCCGCGAUAAGGGUAAAUAUAAUAUCGAAAACGAAAAGUUACGUUUGACUAGCGCAGUCCAAGUCUGAGUGUAAAAACGUUAUUUUAUCCUCUACUCCAAUCUAAGGUGUUUUGUGAAUAUAUAAGAAAAUUGUAUUAUUUUUACUAUUGUGUUAUGUUAGGAAAACGCUCCUUUCUCUAGUCAUAAAAACUUACUACUAAGGCGUGAAAAAUUGGAGUAUGAAUUACUAAUAUUUUACUAAUACGUGACCUUUUGUAGACAGCAAAUCAUCCAUUGUCGACAAAGUCUGGGCUCUGGUCGUUUUAAUACAUGAGGAAAAUAGAUUUGUUAGAUCAACCUGUUGAAAAUACGUUUAUCAAACGGACAGGCGACAUUUGUACACGGUCAAUAUCGUCAGGAACGAUAUUACCGUUCAAAAAUCGAUAUUAGUGAAAGUCAGAUUUUGUGUUUUCGUCUGGAAUUUCUGUUCAGAAAGUCUGACGUUCCCUAUUAUCGUUCCUGACGAUAUUGACCGUGUAGAAAUGUCCCACCACCUACGAUCAAACGAAGCAACAGAUUCGGUAGUUAUAAAUGGUGAUAUGCUAAUUGUAUGUCAAGUUUAAUGAAACGGUACAGCCAAAAAAAAAACAAAUUUCUAAUUUUAGGAGUCGUCAACAUUUUUAAAACAAAAAUCUUGAGUUUAUAGCAACAGACAAUUCAAACAAUUAUUUCCAUAUGGAAUGAUAGUCUGAAUGCGAAAUUUUUAUGUAAAGAAGAGGAAGAGCCUUUAAAUCUCUGCGGAUUUAUGGGCGAGUUUUUCGCUAAAAACUAUUCUAUGGAACUUCAUGAAAAGUUUACGACCUUCGAUCGACCUUUCUUUCGUAAAUUGAUGUCUUACAGAAACUUCUACUUCGUUAAGUGAAAAAUGAAAAUGAAAUAAAAAUCGGAAAACGAACAAUUUGUGUGCGGAAAAAAUAAUUACAAAAGAACAAAACAAAAGAGAAA